AUGGACAGAGAGCAAGAAGAGAUGCAAUUUCUUAGCCUCUUUGGCAUCUACACAGAAGCCUACAAGGUCAUCAUCACAUGGAGAAGAAUCUUCAGCCAAAUCACCCUUGCUCUGAUCCUCCCUCUCUCCUUCAUCUUCCUCGCCCACAUCGAAGUCUCUGACGUACUUUUAUCAAGAAUCUGGCACACAGAAUUCCAGCUAGAUCGUACCCGCCCCAACACUCCUAGAUACAGCAAGCUCUCAGACCUUAUCUCCACGGAAUGGACCUAUUUCUUGCUUUUCAAAGCUCUUUACUUCACCUUCCUUCUCAUUUUCUCUCUCCUCUGCACCUCCGCCGUGGUUUACACCAUCGCUUGCAUCUACACGGCUCGAGAAUUAAGUUUCAGGAAGGUCAUGAGCGUUGUUCCGAAGGUUUGGAAGAGACUCAUGAUCACUUUUCUCUGCACCUUCUUUUUCUUCUUCAUUUACAACGUUGUUGCAAUAAUGAUAAUUAUGACCUGGGCUUUAACGGCUGGAUUCACCAAAUUUGGUACUGUGAUCUUCUUCAUCCUCUUGAUCAUAUACUCAGUUGGGUCUGUGUACUUGUCAAUUAUUUGGCACUUAGCCUCUGUUGUAUCGGUUUUAGAAGACUCCUAUGGGGUCAAAGCCAUGAUCAAGAGCAAGGACCUGAUAAAGGGAAAGAUGGUUAUCGCCGUAGUCAUCUUCCUCAAGCUCAAUCUCUCUCUGUUUGUCAUACAAUUUCUGUUUGAAAACUUUGUCGUCUAUGGAGAAUCUCUGGGGACUUUGAAGAGAUUAGGGCUUGGAGUACUGUGUUUCUUGUUGCUGUUCAAAUUGAUUCUCUUCGGAUUGGUGAUUCAGACAAUAAUUUACUUUGUCUGCAAAUCUUAUCACCAUGAAAACAUCGACAAGUCAACGCUGUCUGAUCAUCUUGAGGUUUAUCUGGGAGAGUAUGUGCCUUUGAAGGCCCAGGAUAUUCAGCUUGAGCACUAUGAGGUCUGA